AUGUCUCACAUGAACAGAUUCUCUCGCUUGUUCAAGAGGUUUCCAGCAAGCCUCCAAUGCGGUUUCGGUCAGGCAAAGAGGCACGUGCACGCUGAGCAAGUACUAGUGAGGUCGUUUUCACUGGGGGAGCAAGAGCGCAAGGAGGCAACCAGAAGCAUACUUCCCCCUCAGACGUACAGGUCCGACCUUCCAUCGGACCUUCCACCCUCGCACAGGAAAGAAGUGACUGGCAAGCCCGAUGAGAAACCCAAAAGAAAGCUGCUCAAGUCGUUCACGACCUUGAAGGACCUCGUCCAGUACUUGGAGCCUUUCUCGUCAGGGGGGGCAGCAGGCAGGAGGAGAGGGGGAGGUUACGGCGAUGUGGUGAGAAGGGCGAAAGUGGAGGUAGUUCAAAUGGUGGUGUUGGAGAAGGACUCAGAAUUGUCGGAAGACUUCAAGCGCCAGAUCCAUCAGUUUGCAGGAAUGGUGAUGAGAGACAUCGGUGAGAUCAAGGGCAAGAAUCUGUCGUGGACGCUCAAUGCGCUCAAGCUCCCUGUCAGCCACUUCGAAAACCUACAGUCGAUCUCCCUGUGUUGCAACGCUUUCGCUCACUCCAUCAACUCGAGGAAAAUCUCGCCUAACAAGCUAAAGGUGGAUGCUCGGUCCAUCGCUGUCCUUUGCAACGCUUUUGCUAAAAUGAGCCCGGAGAGGGACGAAGUGUUUGAAAGUGCAUCACAAGCCAUACAAGCCAUGUCCAAGAGGAAUGUCAGUAUGAAGCUACAGGACGUGCGAAAGCUCUGCCAUGCCUUCUGUCAUCGCCUCACCUACGAUCAAGAAAGGGACAGCGCGCUGUUCUGUAUUCUUUUCUCCGUGGCCAAGUCAGAGCUGCGGAGUGAAAGAAAGAGAAGUCUUAAAACCAACAGCACGAGAUGCUCGUCUUCUUGCCUCCUUGAGCAUGGAGACAACGUCGGGUGCCUUCCGGUCGACAUCGCCCUCAUCCUUCAAUCUCUCCUGCGAUCGCAGUACAACGACUUGGAGAUGCUCGAAGAGCUGAAGCAGACGAUUGACGCACUGAGUCUUAGCUUCCCGCAACACUUCGACGGGAUGAGCAUACACGUCAUCCUCAACGCUCUCGUGCAAUUUCGUGUGUGUGACGCAAAGGUCUUAACCGCCAUAGGCAGGUGCAUCAUAGCGUCUAAUAAGACGAUUCGCACCUGGCUCGACGUCGCUACCGAUCUUCAGAUCCACUCCGAGAUUGUGGACAUGAUCAUUGAGAUGGCGAUGGAGAUGAUUUCCAGCAACGUUGCCAGCAUCUCCAACGAUGACUCGCAUGCGCUCGUUCGCGCCAUCACAGAGAGGGGGGCGGAUGGGCCCCUGAUAAGAUGA